AUGCCCGCAGAUACUCGGCUCACUAGGUCUAAUGUGCACGCAACUGGAUUGGUCUGCACGCAAGUGACCGCAGAUACUUCUUUUCGGUUCGCAACUGGCACGCAACCUGUGUCCGCAGGUGUCUGCAGAUGGCACACAGAUUUUCCUGUGCCCUGUUUCUAUGCCUAUGCUUACUAUGAUUCUAUGCUCUAUGCAUUACGCUUUCUUAUGCUUUACCUAUGCUCUGUCUAG